UUUCUUUCUGUUUUCUUUUUCUUCACCGCAAACUUUUGCCGCUCAUUUCUCUUCAUCGCCACCGUGAAACGCACGCACCAACGUGAUAACUGAUACCCUUCGUUAGGUAUAAUAUUUCCUGUAGCUGAAUUUCGACGUACGUUUGAAGGAAAUGGAUGAAUUUGGAGUUUUAGUGGAGAGUAUGGGAUUCAAAGCCCUAGCGAAAUCUGUUCCCAUGGUGGAAUUAAAAGCUAAACCGAAAUCCAAUUCCUCCGCCGAUAGGCCGAUCCACGCGCCGCCGCCGCCGCCGCCGUUGAAUUAUCCCUCUCUCUUACCCGUCGACGAGCUGGAUGUAAUUUUCAGGCCUAAUUGUAAGAUCAAUGGAAAAACAGAGCAAUCCCUAAAUUUAUUGGGCGAAGAUGAUGUUUUUUGUGGGCCCGUUCCGGCUUCAAAUCAAUAUAGGGAAAUCGAUUUGGAAACCGUUUUUAAUAACUCGGUUCAUAGGAAGAAUGAUGAUUUGUUUGGGCCACAGUUGAAGCAGACUGAUUCUGGUGAUGAUAAGAGGCCUGUUUUCGAGGAUCUAAUACCGGGGUUCGAAGUCUUCGAAGUCGAUACCCCUUCGAAUGUAGGAGUAGAAUCAAAGGUUGACCUCUCGCCAGAGUCAAACGGCCCUUCAGUUAAGCCAAGGUCGACCUUGGAAGAUGAUCCUUUUUUCGUUUUUGAACCAUCUAUAUUUCCUCGUCCCUCAGAACAAGUAGCGGAAAAAGACUCGAUUCAAUCUUCGUUUGAGGAACUUGAUGAUUUCAUCAUGGGUAGGGAUUCAAGAACUGAUGGAAAAAAGACCGUAACUAACAAGCCAAGUGCAGGUUUAGAUUCAAACGGAUUUCAGAAUGUUGAUGAUCUGGACAAACUUUUUGAUGUUAGCACGAGACCAACUUAUACAAAGCAGGAUUCGCAAUUUGAUGAAGAAAAGAAGACUUCUCCUGCAACAAAUAUUGGUGAGGACUACAGUGCACUCUUUCGGGAUGUUACUACUUUGUCUGAAGAAUUUCGUGAAAUUAAGGGGGAAUCUGAAGAAAGACGAAGAGCUAGGCUAAAUCGUCAUAUUAGAACAAAUGCUCGUGUGGCCGAAGCACUUGCUGAAAAGAAUCAACGUGAUCUUCAGAGCCAGCAAGAGCAGGAAGAGAAACACAGGCUUGCGGAAACUCUGGACAGAGACAUAAAGAGUUGGGCUGCCGGAAAAGAAGGCAACCUACGUGCCUUACUAUCCUCGUUACAACAGGUGUUGUGGCCUGAAUGCAAUUGGCGCCCGGUUUCACCGACAGAUUUGAUCACUUCCGAUUCGGUGAAGAAGGUUUAUAAGAAGGCCACGUUAUACGUCCAUCCAGACAAAGUUCAACAAAAAGGAGCUAAUCUGCAGCAGAAAUACAUUGCGGAAAAGGUUUUUGAUCUUCUCAAGGAAGCCUGGAACAAAUUCAGCAGAGAGGAACUCAGAUGAAUUCUUUGUACAUAAGAAAACCGAUUGCCGAAGCGUUGGCCAAGAAGACGAGAAAGUUGUUUUUAGUGUGCGGUGUAAUAUAAUUAAUUUGCUAUCUACAAAUAAGUGAUUACACCCUCCCUUCUAACUAACUUGUUUCUUUGGAGUUCAAUUUUUUUUUUAUCUUCGUAUUUUCUGUAACUUUAGAGUUCCAAUGAUGCAUUUAUUAUUUUUUUUCUCAAUUUUACCCUCUCCUCCUAUUUAAUGGAGUGAGAGAAUUGUUAGAGAUAAAUGAUAAGAAACGGGAGUUUAGUUCAUUAUGUGCAUUUUGACAUUUUCUUUGAAAUGCGUGCAUACUUA